AUGGCAAACUACGAUACUGUCAUUCUCGAUAUUGAGGGAACAAUCACCCCCAUCACGUUUGUUAAGGAGGCUUUGUUUCCCUACGUUACCUCUGGUUUAUCCGCCUUUUUAGACAGAACCUGGAAGACGGAUGAACUCAAAAAGCAAAUUGAGCUGUUGCGUGAACAGGCCAAGAAGGAUGUGGAUGCCAAGAUGGAGCAAGCUGUCAACAUUCCUACUGAGUCAGAAGCAUCUGCAGAGCAGAUCAAAUUUGCCGUGAUUGAAACCAUCUCUUGGCAAAUGAAGGCAGAUCGCAAGAUUGGUGCUCUUAAAUCCUUCCAAGGCUACAUGUGGAAGGAAGGCUAUGAAUCCGGUGUGCUACGUGGUGUUGUCUACGAUGAUGUCGUGCCUGCAUUAGAUCAAUGGAAGGUAGCUGGAAAGAAGAUCUACAUUUACUCAUCUGGCAGUGUUCCAGCUCAAAAACUAUUGGUUGGGUAUUCAACAAAGGGUGAUUUAAUGAGUUACUUUUCUGGCUACUUUGACACUGCUGUCGGAUUGAAGACAGAAAGCGCAUCUUACAAGAACAUUGCUCAACAAAUUGGAAAGGAGAAUGAUACCAAGAGCAUUUUGUUUGUCACUGAUAACAUCAAUGAAAUCUUUGCUGCUACUGAGGCUGGUUAUCAAGUGGUGAUUUCAGAUCGUCCGGGCAAUGCUCCAUUAGGCCCUGAAAGUAAGCAAUUCAAGAUUGUCACAUCAUUUGACCAGAUCUAG